AUGUCUUAUUCAUAUCUUAUUAUACAUCUUGGUUUGUACUGGAAACAAUCAUCCUUACCAUUCCUGUUAUGGGUCAGUGAUGCUAUAUCCCUUAUUGCUGGUUUGUUCUUUUCUUAUGCUGGGUUGUUUGGUAAGAGGCGAGAAGAUGAAGAUUUCCAACUUUUAGAGCCUCUUUUGAAAAUUGGUUUCAAUCAAAACAAUGGUAACAAUGGACAAGGAUCAAGUGUCAAUGGCGGAAGUGUAUCUCCUUAUGCAGAUGCAAAUCUCUUAAGUAUUUUUACUUUCUCUUGGAUGAGCUCUUUGCUUGCACUAGGAUAUAAAAAAACACUAGACCUAGAAGAUAUUCCUCAGCUUUCCAAUUAUGAUAGUGCCAAUGUGGUCUUUUAUUGUUUUAGAAAUAAACUUGAAUCUGAUGGUGAUGGUUGUGGUAAUGGUGGUCAUGUAACAAUAAUCAAGCUAGUGAAAGCAUUGAUUCUCUCAACGUGGAAAGAGAUACUAUGGACAACUCUAUUCUCCAUUACAUGCACAUUGGCUUCUUAUGUUGGACCAUACCUUAUUAAGACCUUUGUGCAAUUUUUGAAUAGCCCUUAUCAGCUAGAAUAUAAAAGCUAUGUGUUAGUGUUUAUUUUUUUUCUUUCAAAGCUAAUAAGGGUUCGUGCUGCCUUAGUGGGAAUAAUCUAUAAGAAGGGUCUCAGGCUUUCAAGUCAAUCAAAGAAAUGUCACACUAGUGGGGGGACAAUUAAUUUGAUGAGUGUUGAUGUUGAGCGGACAAGCUUUUUCAGUUGGUACCUGCACGAUAUAUGGAGAGUGCCUCUGCAGAUUGUUUUAGCAUUGUUGAUCUUGUACAUGAACCUUGGGCUUGGUUCACUUGUAGCUUUUGUUGCCACAAUUAUUUUGAUGUUAGCAAACUUUCCACUAGGAAAACUACAAGAGAAAUUUCAGAAGGAAUUUAUGGAUUCAAAGGAUCGAAGAAUGAAUGUAACAUCUGAGGCUUUAAGGAAUAUGAGGAUUCUUAAGCUUCAGGGUUGGGAGAUGAAGUUUUUGGCGAAGAUAAUUGAGCUUAGGAACUUUGAAACAAGAUGGUUAAAAAAAUUACUUUAUACAUCAGCUAUGUCUGCCUUUGUCUACUUGUCUGCUCCUAUGUUUGUAUCCUUGAUUACUUUUGGGUUCUGUGUGCUUACAAGAAUUCCACUAGACUCAGGGAAGAUUUUAUCUGCACUUGCAACAUUUGAUAUACUGCAAGCACCCAUUUAUAAUCUCCCAGACACAAUCUCUAUGGUGGUUCAGACUAAAGUAUCUCUUAAUAGAAUAAUUUCAUUCCUCUGUCUCGAUGAUCUUCAUUUGAAUAUAACACAAAAGCUUCCAAGAGAUGAUGAUGACAAGGUUGCAGUCGAGAUAGUCGAAGGGAAUUUCUCUUGGGACCUUCAUUCCCCUGAUCUGACAUUAAAAAAUCUUAAUUUUCGAGUGUAUCAUGGCAUGAGAGUGGCUGUUUGUGGUUCUGUUGGUUCAGGCAAGUCAAGCUUACUUUCAUGCAUAUUGGAAGAAGUGCCGAAAUUAUCUGGAACUAUUAAGUUGAAUGGAACGAAGGCCUAUGUUGCACAAACACCUUGGAUACAGAGUGGCAAGAUAGUAGAGAAUAUAUUGUUUGGUAAGAAGAUGGAUAAGGAAAGGUACGAGAUGAUCCUUGAAGCAUGUUCAUUGAAGAAGGAUCUAGAAGUGUUUGCUUUUGGAGACCAGACUAUCAUAGGGGAAAGGGGUAUCAAUCUCAGCGGUGGACAGAAGCAAAGAAUCCAGAUUGCACGUGCUUUAUACAAUGAUGCUGAUAUUUAUUUACUUGAUGAUCCUUUUAGUGCCUUGGAUGCUUACACUGGAACUCAUCUAUUUAAGGAGUGCUUACUCGGAAUUUUGGGUUCAAAAGCAGUAAUUUAUGUGACCCAUCAAGUAGAGUUUUUAUCUUCUGCUGAUCUUAUCUUGGUUAUGAGAGAUGGAAGAAUUAUUCAAGCAGGAAAUUAUAAUGAAAUACUUAGGUUAGGACUUGACUUUAUGGAGGUGGUGGAUGAGCAAAAGAAAGCUUUGGCAGACCUUGAUUCUGUUAAAUGUGAGGUUACUUUGGAUGAUUUAAUUAAUGGUGGAGAAGAUCCAAAUAUUGUGUGUAGAGAGAAGUCUAUUAAAAAAGAUGAGGAAAGUGAGCUUGGAAACUACAAAACAGAAAAAAUUAUUGAACGAAAAGAGCAACUUGUCCAAGAAGAAAAGAGGGAAAAAGGUGGAGUUAAUCCUUCAGUUUACUGGAAGUAUGUUACCGCUGUAUAUAAAGGAGCUUUUGUUCCACUGAUAUUGCUGGCACAAAUUCUUUAUCAGUUUCUCCUAAUAAGUAGUAGUUAUUGGGUGGUGCUGACUACUCCUAUUUCAGAGGAUGUCAAAUCUCAUAUCAGAGGAUCUACUAUCAUCUUUGUUUAUGUUGCUUUGACCAUUGGAUGCUCUCUUUUUGUACUUAUAAGGUCCACGCUAAUUGUAACUGUUGGAUAUAAGACGGCCACUUUGUUCUUCAACAAAAUGCAUUUGUGCAUAUUCCGUGCUCCCUUGUCAUUUUUUGAUUCUACUCCAAGUGGAAGGAUUCUAAACCGGGCAUCCAUAGAUCAAAGUGCUAUUGAUACCUCUAUUCCCCAUCAAAUUGAAGAACUUCUUAUCUCAGUCAUGGGAUUUCUUGGAACGAUUGCAGUAAUGUCACAAGUUGCAUGGCAAAUGUUAAUAUUUUUUAUUCCAAUGUUUGUGACAUGCAUAUGGUACAAGCGAUACUAUGUACCUACAGCACAAGAACUAUCACGGUUAACUGGAGUAUGUCAGGCUCCAAUUAUACAACAUUUUUCUGAAUCUAGUUUAGGUUCAACCACUAUCAGAUGCUUCGAUCAAGAAGAUAGGUUUAUGGACAUGAACCUCAAGCUGGUGGAUGGGUAUUCCCAACCCAAAUUUUAUUUCUCUGGUGCAAUGGAGUGGUUAUGUUUCCGUAUGGAUAUAUUGGCAUCUAUCACAUAUGCUGUAUCUUUGGUUUUCUUGAUCUUAGUACCGAAGGGAGUACUCAAUCCUGGUGUUGCGGGUUUAGCAAUCACAUAUGGGCUUAGUUUAAGUAUGCAUGGGGUCAUAUGGGAUCUUAGCAUUCUUGAGAAUAAAAUCAUAUCCUUUGAAAGAAUGCUGCAAUAUGCUUGCAUCCCUUGUGAACCCCCUUUGUUGGUAGAAGAAAAUAAGCCUAGUUGUGAAUGGCCAUCGCAAGGAAAGAUUGAUAUUGUUGAUAUACAGGUCCGGUAUGCCCCACACCUUCCUCUUGUCUUGCGAGGUCUUACAUGCACUUUCCCUGGAGGGAUGAAGAUUGGCAUCGUUGGACGAACUGGAUGUGGUAAAUCAACUCUCGUACAAGCUAUCUUUCGCAUGUUUGAACUUACAGCAGGUCAAAUCUGGAUAGAUGACAUCAACAUAUCAAAGAUUGGCCUUCACAACUUACGAUCAAGAUUGAGCAUCAUCCCGCAAGACCCUACAAUAUUUGAAGGGACUCUAAGAAGCAAUCUUGACCCGCUUGACGAAUACACAGACGAACAAAUCUGGGAGGCUUUAGAUAAAUGCCAGCUUGGUGAUGAAUUUAGAAAGAAGGAAGGAAAGCUUGAUUCCGUAGUAACUGAGAAUGGAGAGAAUUGGAGCAUGGGUCAAAGACAACUAGUCUGUUUAGGAAGAGUAUUACUCAAGAAGAGUAAAGUAUUAGUCCUUGAUGAAGCUACUGCAUCAGUGGAUACUAUGACCGACUAUUUAAUUCAGCAAACACUCAAGCAACAAUUUUCAGGGUCUACUGUCAUCACAAUCGCACAUAGGUUAACAUCAAUUCUUGAUAUUGAUAUGGUCCUACUUCUUGAUAAUGGUGUUGUAGUGGAAUAUGAUUCCCCAACCAAAUUACUAAAGAACAAGUCCUCGUCAUUUGCAAAGCUUGUUAAGGAGUAUACUCUAAGAUGUAGUUCCUAGUUUUUUAAAAUGCUAAACAAGUGAGUUUUAAAUGUUGAAUUAGAGUGAGGUGCAUUGCCAUUUUGAGUAUGAGAAAAAAAAUUUGGGAUAAAAUUGUGGAACAUAUAUUGAGGCUGCCUGUAAUCAUUUGAAUUAGCAGUGUCAUUGAGUUGAAGUAUUGACAUUGAAAAGAAGCUGAUGACAGAAAAGAUAUAUACUACUGCCUGUAAUCGCU